AUGGGUUCUGCAACGACCUCCCCCGAGAAGGAUGAGUCCUUGGGACACGUCGCGCUGGAUCUACCCAAGGAAGGACAAGAAAGUAUCAUUCAAGCCACUGACGGUGCCAGCAUCUCGAACGGCGAGACCGAGGAAGACCAUCCAUAUGAGCCACUCUCUGGCGUGGCCAUGUACGACGGCCGCAGGUUGGUAACCAUCCGCGCCAUCUUGACCGGCGGAGUACUUGGCUCACUGAUUGCCUGCUCAAACCUGUACCUUGGACUAAAGUCCGGCUUCGGUGCCGAUGCGACCCUGUUCUCGGCAAUCUUUGGUUUCGCCAUUUGCAAGCCCCUCGAAAAGUCCAAGAUACCCUUCCUGUCCGGCCACUUCGGCCCACACGAGAACAACAUCAUCCAGGCUACGUCGCUAGGCUGUAUCGGCGUCGGCUUCAUGUUCAUGAGCGGUGUGCCUGCUAUGUACCAGCUGAAGCUUCUUGGACCCGGUCCUCAAUCCGACUACGGAAGGAUGCUCUGUCUCACACUUGUUGCGGGCUUUUGGGGCCUCGGCUUUGCUGUUCCUCUCAGACGCAUGUUUAUCCUUAGGUUGGCACGCCAGCUUAGUCUCUACUUUCCUCUGGGACAAGCGUCAGCGAUCACGAUUCGCGCUCUUCAUUCAAACACCGAAGGCUCCACAGGAGCCAGGGAGAAGAUCAAGACAAUCAGCUACUCCUUCUCGGCAUCUAUUGUAUGGUCUGUUGCCAGUUCCUACGCCCCAGGAAUCCUCUACCAGUGGAAUCCUUUUUGGUGGAUCUACAAAUGGGGCGGUCACGGCAUUCUGAGCGCCGUGAACUGGGGCUGGCUCUCCUGGCAAUGGUCUCCUUCAAUGAUCGGAGUGGGCAUGCUCAUCGACCUCAACGCUUCCCUAUCCUACCUUCUAGGCACAGUCCUGGCCUGGGGCGUCAUUGGACCAAUAAUCGUGGCAAGGGGCGAAGCCAUUGGAAUUCCUUAUGAUCCCACCAACCCAAAGCUCAUCACCUACAAUGCCUUUAUCCCCGAGCAGCUAAAGUCGAGCCCUUCGCCUCGGUACUGGGUGCUGUGGCCAGCAGUCUUGAUGAUGCUUGCCGCGUCCAUUGCCACGAUUCUCCUGGAGACCAAAAACUUUGGCAAGCUUGGCAAGUAUGGGCUUCAGCGACUAGAGUCCAAGAUUGCAAAGCACACAGGAAGACGCCUGCUCUUCAAGGCCAACUCCGAUCCGGGGGCUCCGGUCCUUGGAGAUUUCGAGAUCCGGGAUCCCGUGCCAACAGAAUACCAGGUUCGAUGGUGGGAGUGGUCAUCCGUCACGGUUGUGGCAUUUGUGUUUGCAAUUGUCACUUUAAAGUAUACCUUUGGCGUACCCCCUGCCCUCAUUCUUCUCAAUGUCUUCCUGGGCUUUCUCUGGUCGUUCGUGGUGAUCCAAGUCUUUGGGGCUUCUGGCACCAACCCCACAGGAACUGUUGCAAAGGGCUCUCAGUUCGUGACUGGUGGCGUCCUCCGUAACCAGGUCGAGAAACAGGGAUUUGAGCAUUCUGCCCGUUCCACUCUUGUAGGGACUGUCUUGUCUGCUUCUGCUGCCAACCAGGCUGGCGAGCUGUGCCAGGAUUUCCGUACUGGCUUUCUCUUGGGGACACCAGCUCGGGCGCAGUGGCAUGCUCAACUGUUGGGCACGCUCAUCGCCGUCUUCCUAUCCCCAGGCCUGUUUGUCUUGUUCGCCAAGGCGUUUCCCUGCAUCAUUGACGCAUCGGCCACAACUUGCCAGUUUGCUCUACCUUCGGUCACAGCAUGGCGAGUUGUGACGGAAGCCAUUCUUGCCGAAGAAUUCCCCAUCAGUCAGUCUAGUUGGAUCUUUUCCGUGGUCUUCUCUGUCGUGGGCAUGUCGCUUGUGGUUCUGAAGCGCUACCUGCUACAAAAGCCACACCUAAAGAAGUGGGAAGCAUUUGUACCCAACAUGUCGCUUGUUGGUCUCGCCAUGACCAUUCCCGGGUCUACCACGACAGUGACAGUGGCUAUCGGCUCAGUCAUUGCGUGGGUGUGGCAUAAGCACUGGCCCAAGUCCCACACCAGGUUCAUGUACGCCGUCGCAUCGGGUGGUAUUGCGGGAGAGGGCGUCGGCUAUGUUGUCCUCAGUGUUCUCCAGAUUGCGGGUGUCGGCGGUAGCGAGCUUGGAACGAUGAUCGGGUGUCCGGGAGUGAGACAAAUUCAAGAUCCUUUGAAACCAACCUAUCAUACCUACUGUGAAGAGAAACGUCGACUCGACGAAUCCACCAUCAUGGCGCAAAGGUUCAUCCCUAUCUUCACGACCGAGGCCCCUACUCCUCUCCCGCAGUUCUCACAGGCUGUUGUGUACAAUGGUAUUGUGUAUGUUUCCGGGAAUAUCGGUGUCAAACCUGGACCCAAGUUCGAGCUGGUAGAAGGAACAGCAAAGGACCGAGCGAGACAAAUUUUUUCGAACAUUCGAGCCGUCUUGCAGGAAGCUGGCAGCACUCUCGACAAUGUCAUCAAGAUGAACAUCUACCUCACGGAUAUGGCCAACUUUGGAAUUUUGAAUGAGGCAUACGACGAGUUCUUUACCAAGAACAUUAAGCCAGCCAGAACUUGCGUGGCCGUACACCAGCUGCCUUUUGGGACGGAUGUUGAGAUCGAGUGUACCGCGUUCUUGAAUGCGUAG